UUUGUGCGUGUUUAUUAAAAAUAAAAAUAAAUAAAAAAUGUCAAAUAAUUCAAGUCCAGUGUUAGAAAAGAAAUUAACUUUAGAUAAUAAUGGUAUAGAAUCACAAACACAACCAAAUAAUAUCAAUGAAAAUGAUCCAUGUUUAAAAACAUCAGCACGUAAGGAUCGUAGAAAAUUUUAUGAACGAACUGAAGAGAAAUUACGUGAAAAAUCUGGUUUAUCACGACGUGGACUUAUUAUUGCUGGUGUUGUGUUAUUUAUAUUAUUCAUUUUGUUUAUUAUUGUGAUUGUGUUAGGUAUAUGUUGGCCGCGUACACCGCAUGAACGACAAUUUCCAAUUUGUGAGGAUGCUGCAUGUUUGCGAGCUGUUGCUCAGAUUCGUGAAGGAUUAAAUACAACAAUAUCACCUUGUGAUGACAUUUUACAAUGGGGUUGUGGAAAUUGGCUACAAACACAUGCUAUCCCGUUGGAAAAUAAUCACUGGAGUCGUCGAGUGGAACUUUAUAAACAAGAAUUAGUUCGCACACAUGAAUUAAUAUCCACAAUUCCACAACCGUUAGAUCGUAAAUCGAUAAAAUUUAAAAUUAAACGAUUUUACGAUUCGUGUAUGAAUGAAGAAGUAAUUGAAGCUGAUGGUAUUCAAGUAUUGAAUAGAAGAAUACAUGAUUUAGAUGGAUGGCAUGUGCUACGUGAAUGGAAUAUAAACGACUCGGAUUAUCGUCGUGUUUUGGAACAAUUAUUUGCUAAAUUUGGUGUAACACCCUUUUUUAAAAUCACCGUGGUGCCUCAUCCUCAUAUACCAGAAAAAAAUGUAAUACAAAUUGAACCAGCUGGCUUAGGCCUACCUGAUAAAAGUUUUUAUUAUUUAGAAUCAAAUGAUAAGGUUGUUCAAGCAUACAAAAGACUUAUUCGUGAUGUCGUUAUCAUUUUUCAAGCUUCAAGCCGGCAAGCAAAUACUUUCGGCGAAGACAUGUUUCAUUUUGAAAAACGUUUAGCAGAAAUCACACCGGAUACAGUUGCACUUCAAGAUCCAGUGGCAUUGUACAAUUUAAUUAGUGUUUCCGAAUUAAAAAUUACUGCUGGUUCUAUUCCUCUAGAAUCAAUUCUACAAGCUAUUUUUCCAGAUGGAAGGAUAUCCGACGAUACAGAAGUUUUAGUAACAUCAAUGGAUUAUUUGUCAUCUGUGUCCGCUUUAAUUUCUACAACUGAACGAAGUUCUUUAAAUAAUUAUUUUAUGUGGACAUUUACAAGAGAGUAUUUACCAUUCUUGUCAUCAAACAUUUUAGCUGAAUUGAAUGAAUAUAUUUCAGAAGUUACAGGUGUUCGAAGGCCAAUAGAACGUUGGGAAUUAUGCAUUGAAACCACACGAAAAUUCAUUGGUUUAGGAGUUGAAUCAAUUCUGGAAAAUGAUAAAUAUAUUCCUGACAAAGAUUUAAUUAUUGUUGAUGACAUUUUCGAAUCAGUACGCACUGCUGCUAAAGCUAUUGUGGCAGACAUGGAUUAUCCACCCGAAUUAGAUAAACAUAUUAAAUAUAAGCUUACGUCAAUGUCACUGCAAAUUGGUUUACCUUCAAAUGUUCUAAGUGAGAAAUAUUUGUCAGACUAUUACGAAAAAUUAUUCAUUCAGAAAGCAAAUUUAUUCCAAAGUGUUUUACAUGCUUUUAAUUUCUUAAAUAAUGAAAAGGAACGGCGUUAUAAUGAACCAAAGUCUGAAGAUAAAAUUAUUCCGUAUUUGGUCCAACAAAAUCCUGAAGUUUCUUAUGCAAGUGCUGCUAAUACAAUUGUUGUGCCGAAACUAUUUUUGAAAGAACCAUUCUUUAAUUCAGGAUAUCCAAGAUCGGUAAAUUUUGCACGAUUGGCACUUGAAAUGGCAAAAGCAUUAACGUCUGCAAUACUUCCCUAUGGUUCAACAUGGAGAGCUGAAAAUUCUAUUUUAACAAAAUAUCAUCCUGCGUAUAACGAAACAUUAGUAACCACAAUGGAACCGGUUCAAUGUUUAACGAAUAUAAUUAAUGCUGAUAAUAUUACAACACAUUUGUUUAAUUUGACCGCUUUGAAUGCAUUGAAACAUAUAGUUGCUGUUAAUAUUGCUCAUAGGGCGUUAUCAAUAUCAUUGGUCAAUCAACAGCAUACUCAUCAACCAACUUUAGAAACUUACGAAGAUUCAACUCUCUUUUUCUUAACUUAUGUCCAGGGUCAAUGUUCGAAGUAUCUACCAGAAUAUGAAUUUUUAGAAAAUAAUGUUAAAUAUCAAUUAACAGAUUUACAACAGUUAAAAUUAUCAUGGAGUCAAGUUGAUAAUUUUAUCAAAUUAGUUGGAUGUGAUUCAAAUGUGAAUAGACAGUGUUUUUAAUUACAUUUUGUGAUAAAAUUUUAUUAAAGUAUAAUAUUUAUUUAUGAAAAAAUUAUUUAAUUCAAUUUAUGAUUGUGUGAUUGAAAACAUGGAACAUCGAGUGGAUAAUAUGCUUCCGAGUAUUGAAUACAAAACAACUAUUGAAUUGUCGGAGUCGGAUUUUUUCUUAAAGAAACAAUAAAAUUCAAUCGCAGCUAAUAAAGUCUAUUUACAUAAUUCGAUCUCUCGAAAAUCGUUUAUUUAUCGGCAGCAUCACCUAUAAUAAUUAAUAAUAAUACAUCGUUUUAGUAAAAAUAUUUUAGUUAUCGAUAUUUAAGUUGAAAAUCACGAAAGAUGUGCUACGUUUUACUUGAAUUAGCUAUAAACUGCCAGUAUAGAUUGAUAAAACUAAGACUUAGUUGCAACAAGCAGCCCUGUCAGCCUUGUAAUACCAGCCAUCAAGCUGGAGAAGUGGGGCUAGGUGGAAAAAGAAAAAGUUUCGAAAGUAUUCUAAGAUUGAUUUUUUCUCUUCCUCAAUUGUAUUCAAGGAAUCAAAAUUACUAACAGUUUUAUUUCAUGAAUUACCUUUUCUUUUCGGUUUAUCAUUUCCUAUCCACUUUUGGUGCUUUUCUGUUUUCAUUCACUAUUUGAAAUAUUUAAUUUUCAAUGCAAUUUCCAAAAGAAAAACAAAACGAG